CACUUCGCUAUCGGCGCAUCGUGUGUCCACAAGGCUGCUGAAGUAUCGCCUGACCCGACUUAGCAAGGGGUCGCCCGCUUUGAUAACUGGCAGUACUGAACGUAAUAAGCUUUAACUCUCGAGACGAGGGACAGAGUGACCCAGGUGGCCUUUAACCCAGGUGUCCUCCUCUCACCAUUGUCUCACAUCAGCUGUUCACGUGAAAGUGUUGAAACAUUGAGGAAUUUAAAAGAACUCUGUCAAGGGGAAGGUCACAUCGAGGCAAACCUGUUUCAAGUUUAAUUAGUUUCAUUGUAAAAAAAAAUGGAAGAAAAGUCGGAAUCUUCCAACACGGCACAUAUUGAAAACAUAAACCUUGAACAAACAAAAGAGAUUUUGACUCAUAAUGAUAAUACUGCUGCUAAGAUAUUAACAAGCCAUCAGGAGAAAGACGUCGAAGAAAUUGAUCAUGAAGCCACAAAGAAAGGCAUCGAAUCAACCAAGAAGGAAGUUCAAAGCACCACAUCACGCACCCAUUCAGAAACCAAAUGUUCAGAAGACGAAGGUCCGCCUGCUUCUGGAGAACAACUAGAUCUAAACAAUCCGCCACAAGAUAAAGACGAGAUAAAGGAUGAUCCGUUGGGUGAAAAGUCGCUAGAGGAAAACACGAAUUUAGACCAAAGCAGAAUUAACGAGAUUCACGAAUCAGAAGAUCCAGUAAGCUCGGAAAGUAUGGUGCUCAAAAGUCAACAAGAGAACUUAGCAGAGACUGCUGAAGAUGAGGGUGAAAUGACUGAUUACUGUGUUGUCACCGCAGAGGAAGUUAUGGAAGACGAGAAGAGCUUGCAAGUCACGGAAUCUACAGGGGCGUCACUAGAAACUCUGCACUCAUUUCGACCUGAACUUGGGGGAGCCUCUCUGGAUGAAACACAACUUCAUAAUCUGUUGAACCGAGAUGAUGUGAAAGUUGAAUAUUCGCAGCAAGAAAAAAUAGACUUGCUAUGCGACAACGUACAGAAGGAUACAAUAGAAGCAACUGAAGUGUCUUCUGAAUCUAUCAACAAUAGUCAACCAAGCUCCAAUGAGACGUUUUCUGAUAAUGAUGCCACGUCUAAGCUAGAAACAACGGAUGCUUCUAAUGAUAAAUCUGAUUUUUCUAAACUAGAACCAACAGAUGCUCUUAAUGAGACAACGGAUGCUACUAAAGGCGAUUCUGAUUCUCUUAAAGACAACUCUGAUACUGCUGAACAAGAAACAGACACUAUUUACAAACACAACGAUGACACUGUCCAACAAGAAACAGGUGUUUACCUAAACAACGCUGGUAUUUCUCAUCUACAGAAAUCAGACAUUGCACUUCACAGCACGAGCUGUGCAGAAACAUCAAAGAGCUCCUUAAGUCAAGAUAACUUUAUCGACAAUACAAAUUUAGAAACAGGAAAUAUGUCUUCAGACAACACUCUCAAUGCCAGUUCGGACAUAAUCUUUGGCACUUCUAAACCAAGCAUAUCAGACAACAUUAGUUCUAUAUCAGAACAUCCAUUAAACAGUACAGAUGUUUGUCUGCAUAAGGAAAAAUGUAGUGCAGAAAACAAUGACACGCUAAGCUCUUCUACAGAAACAGAGGCACAAUUAGAAGAUAUUUCAUUAGUUCCCAAUGAAGAACAGGUCUUAGAUGAUUCCUUGAACUCUAGUGCUCCAAGGCACCACAACACUGAACUUUCAGCCGCUGGCAUUAAUGUUGAUCCAGUAUCUGAAGCUACGGAGACAUCAACCAAACUAGAGUGUCUAUCAGAGACAAUAGACACAGCUGAAAAUUUUAAAGUAGCCACUUCCGUGUUACCUCAAGACAAAGGACAAAGCACUCCGCCUCUUGGGUUCAGCAAUGAUUCCAAUGAGUUCCCAGAAAGCGCUAGUGAAACUAAUUUAACACCAGACAUUGGAACUGAAGUAGCAGCUGAUGAACCUCCAUUGGACGAAACCAUAAAUCGAAAUAUUUCUGAGAACAUAAUAAAUAAAGGUGAAAGUAUUGUUACAUCAGAAGACACUAAGAACGAACACAUUACUACUUCAAUUAGCAAGGAAGAAGAAGAGUGUGGAGGUUCAGAUCACUUUCUUUCAUUAGAUCAAGACGUAGCGUCAGCAGAUUUUGCUGCAUUGCCAGCUUCGAUUGAUGGCGUGAGUUUGCCAACAAAGGACAAUAUUGAGCAUGAGCAAGAUUCACAUCUCUAUGAAUCUUUAGAUCAAGAAGCUGGAUUGGAAGAUGCUGCAAUACCAAAAUCUUGCUCUGAACUCAAUUCAGCAAACGUGGAACACAAAGAUGAUCACUUUCAACCAUUAGAUGAAGAUACUGGAAAAUUGAAUACGAUACCGAAGUCUUUCCAUCUCAUUGCUGAGCCCCAGAGCAAGGAAACACCCGAUAGCUGUGCCACUAAUUCAAAAGGGACCAUCAAUGACUCUGCUAACAACGACGAAGACAGCUUUGGGAAAGUAGCCGCUGAACAGCAAGACAUCAUGAGGAAUACUGACAUAAAAGCAGAUCGAAAAGCAGGAUGUUCUGGCAUGAGCCUUACGAGGGCAUUCUUGCAGUUUGGCGUUGUAACACUCUUUGGCGUCGGUUCUGCUGCUGUUGUUCCUAUCGCCCUUGCAGCUGCGGGUUUCGAAGCUGGUGGCAUAGCAGCAGGAAGUGUAGCCGAAUACUUAAUGACCUUGACCUCCAGCGCCGGCUUCGGUAUGUCCAUCGUAACUCUAUUGGAAGACGCUGGCACUGCUAGCCUGGGUUUAAUCCCUCAGGUCUUUGUUGGCUUUCUGUCUGCUGCAGCUGCUGGCGGCGUUGUUCUGACUUCUGGGCUAUUUCGAGGCAAGAAACAGUCAGCAAGCGUGAGCAAUGGCGUCACCGCUGCCAAGGAGAGAAAGACAGACCUGAGUACCAGCACGGUCUCAAAAGAGGAUUACAGACUGCUCAGCACUGCCAUGUCCAGCCAGAGAGGGAACAAGGGCGAGAAAAAGUCCAACAAGAACAGCGAAAACGCCAGCGCCUCAACUGGACCUAAACAGGACAGCCCAAAGGGGACACUAUCUGACCCUAGAACGAAGUCACCACUCGCCGCAGAGAUGCCAAAAGAGACGAAACCACGUGAUGGCAAGGGAGAGUCUUCUGAUGUGAGUUCCGCUCGCUCCAGUCGCUCUUACCCGUAAUUAAAACACUUCAGAAAAC